AUGCUGCUCCCGCAGGCCCCGCGGCGGGUUCAGCGGGGCCAGAGCGGCGCCCCUGCCGCCGCAGCGGCCCCUGGCGGCAGGAGGAGCGACAGCCGCGGGGGCGAGCGGGGCCAGGGCGGCGGUUUGGGGCAGCUCAGGGAGGCCUGGGGCAACUGCAGCUGCCUGAGGGGAGGCUGGAGUGAGGCCUUCGACAGCGAGGUGGCAAUUCCCGAAGAUGAACCCCCUGGUAGCGAUGGAGCAGAGACGAGUGAGCCUGAGAACUGGUUGGUAUUUUCGGCAUCCCCAGAGCCGGUUGGAAUUUCGGCACCUCCCGUCGCGGGUGAGCCCUGUGCUCUGUCCCUGGCUGUGGUUGAGCAGGCGCUGCCGCACGCCAUGGAUCCAGCUCAAAGCCUCGGCGCUGUUUUCGCCGCGGUGGCUCGGGCUCCGGGCGAGCCGGGCGGUGCCUCCGCCUGCGGUAUCCCGGGAGAGGGCAGCAAGAGCCCGCCGGUGUCGGGUGGAGGUUUUCCGGUGCUAGCAUUGGGCAGCUUCGUGUGAUGGAGCCAAUUCUGGAACUCCUUCCGAAGUGAUGUGUUAGCGCUCGCUCAAGUCUUGCCCCACAACAUCCUUCUUCCAUGACUAAAAGCGGAAACCCACCGGGAGGGGAGCGGAGAAUUCUUUGCUCUGCUUUCCCUGCGGGCAGAGCAGGGCACGUUUGAUCCUUCCUACAUUCCUGCAGGAGGCAGUGAGAAUCCUUCAUCCUCAUUCUGAGCAGCAUCUCUCAUCAUGCUGAAGCACGGCCAGUAACUUUGGCUGCUCUAGAAUAUCAAGUCUUCGGGGGUGCAAGACAUGAGAUUAACGGUUUAUGUGUUUUCUGACUUCGGAGUCCUUAGAGCACCCUCAGAUAAUUUUUCUCCAAGCUCCUCCCUAAAAUCUAAAAUCUAGCAUGAAAUCAGAAAGGCAGUAAGACCCACAGUUGAUAACUCAGCUGAAUGAAGACCUUGGGUUGUCAAGUUGCACUUUUUGUGCCUUGGUGUCAAUGGCAACCUGGUCUCUUGCAAUUUCACCCCCUUUGAAGCCCCUGCUGCGUCUGCCUUUCAGAUGUCAGCUUCCAGAAUGGUUUUAUGUUCCCAACAUGGCAAUUUAUCCACUGGUCAACUUGGAGCUCUGCUCUGCAGAGCCCGCAAAGCUGUCUCUCAUGCUUGUUAUUACUUACAAAAGCCAGUAGUUGUCAUUUGAUGAAGUGAGUCCACUGUCUUUAAUAAUCCCUUUCUGGCUUUUUCCUUCCAACUGAGUAAUACAAAACUUGCUUUACCUAGGAUAAUCCAUAGGCAUGGAUGUUGGGCAACGAAAAUGCAGAAGGAUGUGAUUGUGUUGGACCAGGAGAAUAAAAGUUUAAAUUCAGUGUUAUAUCUGAAGUGACUGCUGUUUAUGCACUUAACCUUGUGACAGAGUAAAAAUAGUGCCAGGAGCAUGUUAUUACAUGAAAAAGUGUUUAUUUCUCUUUAAAAAAUUUAUGAACUGACAAAGAGGCCAUGAAAGGAAGAUGUAGGUAUUCCUCUGUCCUGAGGGUGAGUGUCAGCAGUUAGCAGCCAAAAUAUAUGUGUCCCUUGUUCCCUUUGCUGGGACAACAGGUAUUCCUGGAUCUAGGAACUUGGUCCUGAAAACUGCUGAGUGAAUUCCAACUAGUGUUUACUGGAAUCCACUGGAGGGGUGAUCCCUUAGCCCACUUUCAUCUGGUCUCUGGGAGCUGUAGCCUGUUGGAAGCCUCAGUCCUGGAGGCUUCAUAGCUCUUUCAACCCUUGGUAACUUCGAUUGGCAUUAAGGGUCACUCAGUACCUCCUGGAAGGAGGCCCUGACUGCUUUCAACUUUUAAAAUUAAUGGUUUUGAUCUUUAGAAUCUUGCCUGGGAGAUUUUAAUUUGAAUUUGCUCGUUUUAGCUCAAACUUGAAACUGACUUAAAUGGGUUUUGUGCCCUCAGUACUGGAUGUUACUGUGUUAGAACCUUCCCUUUGUUGGUCUUGCAGGUGCAAGUCAGUUCUUUUUCUUAGGCAACUGUAUGCAGUGGACUGAGAUCAGGGAUUCAUUUGGCCAGGGAUAAUUGAAAUCAUAAAUAAAACAAGUCAAAACAAAAAAUAAAGCAAAACUUCGAGUUUGGAAUAACUUCUGAGAUUCUGAAAGUAAUUGAAGUAAUCCAGAAGAAAAUAUGCCAUGAAAUCUGUUUUCCAUUAUUGCCUGACAUGGUAUGUCUUAAAAUUUGAUCAAAUCAAUUUUUUCAUUAUGAAGAUAAUGUCGCUUAAAGUGAUGUAGAGAUCUGGGGUCUUUUUCAAUGUAGAAUUACAAAUUAUUGUAGACUUGAGAUUCUUAUUUGUUUGUUUGUUUAUUUAUUGAUGAUUCACAGUUCCUGUCAUGAUCUCACAACAAGUAAAAAUAAUUUCUGUUU